UUUAUUGUUAUAUCGUAGUGAUGUCCGCCUCAUUACAUAAUAUCGUACAAACGCAUGCAAACCUCUGCAGUAUACCCAUAACCUACAUCCAGUGUACUAGACGACGGGCCUUGCAAUUUUAGUCAUAUUUACUGAAUAAUAUCUUGGGUUGAAUCAAAAAUCUGUAAAAAUUGUAUAUUUUCGACUAAAGUGGACAUAUCAUAUUUAAAAGCUGCGAAAUGACUAAUGAGACGUUAUUGUUGAUAUUGAUCCUCGUCUUGUGUGUUAAGCAGAUGGGCAGCGAUCAGUCGUCGUCUUGCUCCAGGCAUUUACAGAGGCCGGCACACGAAUACCAUCUGACAAAGGAAUGUGCCGCGUCUAAUAUGCGAACUAUUGCAUCGUCAAACGCGACGGCAUUGGAAUCUUGUGUUCAUUUGGCGGCGACACAAAACGCUUUUGCGUUCACGUACGCAAACUUAACCGAAGGUACGACGCAAAUAUUGAGUUCCACUUGUAAUGUUUUCGAUUGUCCGGAGUUCCACCCGUUUCUACUGACUGCCGAUGAAUCGGCCUACGACUAUUAUAGCAUGUACUCAAAACCUUUGCCCAGUGAAAACUAUACUUGUGCACCAGGACUUGGUGUGUUUGAAAUGGUGACGAAACCUUUGAACUAUUCUAACGCUAUGAUAGCGUGUGAGGACGUCGGCGGCCACCUUGCUAAUGUCGUAUCCGAUUCUCGGACUUCAUUUUUGGCUACUUUGGUAUCGUCAGAUUUGAAAAAUAAUACCCCCGCCAACCGCAAGGCAUUUGUUGGAUUAUUCUUCGAAAAUGGUUUUGUAACCAUCACAGGUGAACCAUUGAGUUGUUUGCCACAUAGAGCAUGGGCGCCAGGUCAUCCAAAAACUGGUAGACCAAGAAAAGAGUGCGUAGUACUCUUGAGCAACAGGUACUGGGAAACAGAGGACUGUUCGAGGAGGUUGCCUUAUAUUUGUGAACUCGUACCGGAUGGCCCGCUAAGCCCCGUGGAACGGUACUGCGCUCCGAUUAGAAACAUAAAACGUAGAAAAAAUUGUAUUUUACGUAACCACAAACAAUUUGAACAUAUAGAGCAAACAAAACAACAAUGCAAUGGUAAUAUCAACACAAACAAAUCUGUAGCCAUAAAUGACAACAAUUAAUUUCUGAUA